UCAAUCCAAAAAACUUCCCGUCGCAUCGUCAGCACGCCAAACAUCACCACCAACACCACAUCCUCCGCCGCCGCUCCCAACCAUCUGGGUCCCACAUCUCAUAACCAAACAGAACGCAAUCAAUCAAUCAAACAGCCAAAAUGACCUCCGUGCCCCAUCUCCGCUCCCUCUACCGCUCCCUCCUGCGCGAGCUCCCGCCCCGUCCAGUCCUCGCCCGCAAGCGCUCCGCAAUCCACAACCGCCUGCGCACCAGCUUCGCCCCCGCCGCCGCCGGUGUCCCCAAAGCAGCAACAGCAGACGCAGCGCGCGCCGAGGCCGACGCCGCAGAGGCCGAGCAGUUCGCCGCCUACCUCCGCGCCCAGCGCACCUACGUCACCCUCGUCGAGCGCUACAACCCGGGCAUGAACAUGGACGAGGAGGAGCGCGUGCGCUUGACGGCGCGGAGGGUCGGUAUGGACCUGCCAAAGGAGUUUAGCGACCGGUUGAACAACAAAUGAAGUACGAAUGGUUGAUGGUGGGUGUUGUGGGCUUGUCGGAUGUUUUCGAGUUUUUCCGCGAGGGAACUACAGUCCGGAGAUGGGGUGUACAAAAGACGACGACAGUCAGUGGGUUGAUGGCCAGUUACGGAGCUCGUUUGUACGAGAAGAUCUACGAACGGCCAUCAACUAGGAUGGAGGGAGAUUUUGGUCGAAUCAAGGAAGACCCCUUGAGGAUGCAAAAGAGCACAAGAUCGUGGGGCGGCACAACAAACCUUCCACCCUUGGGAGGAUGGCCAUGUGCCGUGUUUGUAAAUGUAACAUCAAGGGCGUUUGGGUGGGAAAGGGUUGGACGACAAAUAUCGCUGUGUAUAAGGGGCGCGGAGAACGUCUCCCAAACAGAUAGAGAGAACAAUAAGUCAAAUCACCACGAUUCAUUUUUAAAUACUUUGAAA